AUGAAGUUCCUAUCCGGAUCUGCAAAAAAUGGUUCCUAUUUCAAAAAUCUACCAAAAUCAAGUGCUAUAAAGCUUAUCGAUUUUGGCAAUAAUACAUUUGAAAGUCAGGAUCAUAGCUAUGUGGUGUCUACACAUCAUUAUCAUGCUCCAGAGGUCUUGGAUGGAACUAUCCUUGUGAUAUGUGUAAGUAUAGGUUGCAUACUUGUUGAACUGUGCUCUGGCGAGGCACUUUUCCAAACACACGAGAACCUGGAACAUCUGGCUAUGAUGGAAAGGGUUUUGGGGCCAUUGCCUCAAGAUAUGAUGAUGCGAGCAGACCGGCAGGCUGAGAUAUAUUUUAGAAGGGGUGCAAAGUUGGAUUGGCCGGAGGGUGCAACUUCAAGGGAAAGUAUGAGGGCAGUUUGGAAAUUGCCCUAUCUUCAGCCUGAGAGAGUGAACUUGAUCAUGCAGCAUGUAGACCACUCAACUGGAGAUCUGAUUAAUCUUUUGCAAGAGAAGCUCUGUCACACCCCUUCUUCACAAGGGAUCUGA